AUGCUAACCUCUAGGUUUGAAGAAAUCAAGAUGAAAGAUGAUGAAUCGUUUGAUGAGUUUUAUGCAAAAUUGAAUGACAUUGUAAACUCUAGUUUCAAUCUAGGUGAGAAGAUUCUCGAGUCAAAAAUUGUGAGAAAAGUUCUUAGGUCUUUGCCCGAGAGAUUUAGACCUAAGGUUAUAGCGAUUGAAGAGAGUAAGGAUCUGGACACGGUUAAGAUAGAAGAACUCAUAGGAUCCAUUCAAACCUAUGAACUCACCAUCUCACAACCUAAGAAAAACAAGUCCAUAGUGCUGAACACAGUUGGAGAAGAAGAGUCAGAGUCGUCUGACAUAGAAACCCUUAGAGAUGAGGAAAUAGCUUACUUCGUAAAGAAGUUCCAGAAAGCUUUAAAGGGCAAGAGAUGGUCCCAAGAUAAAAAUAGAGGAGGAUUUGGGCACUAUAGAAAUGAAUGUCCUAACUUUAAGAAAAAUCUGAAAAAGGGAAGGAGCAAGGCAUUAGCUGUGUCAUUGAUUGAUGAUGAUUCAAACUCAAGUGAUCAAAGGGAUUUUUCCAAUAGUGAAGAUGAAAAGGGUUAUAUGGCUUUUGUGUCUACAGUUAAGAGCGAGUCUGAUAAGGACGGUGAGAAGGUUGAGGAGGAUGUAGAGAGUGAGAAGUCUAGUGACGAUGCUGAGGAUGGGACGGAUAUGCAUGAGGCUUAUCAACUUCUAUUUAAGGAGAGUCUCAAUAUCAAAAAGGUAAAUAAAGUCCUAUUUAAGAAGGUAGACGAGCUUGAGAGAGAGAAAGAGAGACUCACUAAUGAUCUUCAGGUCUCAUCUAAAGACCUUAGUGAGUUGAAGUGUGUCAAUGACAAGCUAGAGGACAAGGUUAAGACACUAACUUGUGAGUUAGAGAAAUCUAAUAUUCAACUGCAGUCUUUUAUGAGCGGGACUAAGAAACUAGAUGCCAUGUUAGGAAUGAACAAACCCACUGGGAAUAGGCAAGGUCUAGGAUUUGUGAAGGGUGAUAGCAACAUGACUAGUUCACCCAAGACCACAUUUGUGCCUGCUUCCAACUAUUCUAGUAUUUCAAUCAAUCGUGAAUCCAAAAGUAAGAGUGUCACUGAACUGAAUGCCACUAGAGCCCGUAAGAUUUCCGCACCGAAAUUUCAGCACCAACAACCACAUGCAUUUGAGCCUAGGUUCAUACCCACUUAUCAUCACUGUGGUGCUUUAGGACACACGAGACCUAAGUGUCAUAAGCUAGCAGAUAGGAAUAGAAGUCAAGAUAUCCCUAGUCAAGUAAACUUUCUUUCAAAUCAGGUCAGCCACUUAACUGAGAUGGUGACAAAAUUGACUAGGAUCACCUCAACCUCUAGAAAAGUUUGGGUUAAGAAAUCUGAUGUGGGUAGGUAUGGUGAGAAUUCAAAUUUUUCUAUAGCUCAUGUUGCAUAUAAGGCUCAAAAUACAUGUAUGUGGUAUCUUGAUAGUGCUUGUUCUAGACACAUGUGUGGUAAUAAUGCCUUAUUCUCUACACUUGAUGACUGCAACAGUGGUGUAGUUACCUUUGGAGAUGGGGGUACGACACCUAUCCGUGGUAAAGGCACCAUCAGCAUAUCUGGACUUCCUACUAUAUCUAAUGUGCUGUAUGUAGAGGGUCUUAAGUCCAAUCUAUUAAGCAUUAAUCAAAUUUGUGAUGCUGACUAUGAAAAAAUAUAUUUAUAA